UGACCUUCCAACCUCACGUCUUUCCACCUCACCUCCCAUGGCGAAGAAGAAGCGCCGCACCACCGCGGGCGCCCUACCGCCCGCGCCGACGUCCGCGGCGCCGAGCGCGGCGCCGACGUCCGCGGCGGUGAAGGUGGUGCAGUGGUGCGCGGCGGGUGCCGCGAAGGAUCGAGGCGAACUCCUCGAAGCCUUGAAGCCUUUGGUCCUUCUGCGCGCCGCCAAGUAUGCCUUGGACUCGGCCGAGAGCGGCGUGAAGAAUGGCAAUGUCAAGGGCAAAGCGCAGGCCAAGAAGCGCCCCGCCGAAGAUCUCCUCCACCCGACCGACACGUCCACUCCUACAGACGCGGAGCUGGGCGCAGCGUUGGAGACCUUCCGGCGCUUGGCGCAGCAGCCGGAGGACUUGCUCUCUCCGGGCUGCAAGGCCUUGCGAGCUGCGCUGCAUCCCCUGGUGGAGGCGCAUUUGCGUGAGGAGAAGGCGUCUCCUGCGUUCAGGAUCACCUCGAUGUUGGGACAGCGUUCCCGGUGGCCAGAGGCCUUGCGGGUGCUGCGUGAGUUGCGGCAGCAGCCGGCGGAGAAGCGGCCCAAGCUGGGCGCCUACCAGCGCUGGGUGCGCGAGUUGGACGUCGCCGAAGGGGAUGCAGAGGAGCUCUUGAUGCUCGACGCCGUGAUGCGCCUCGCCGCCGGCUUCGGCGCGUACGCGCCGGACGCGCCGCCCGUCGCGCUCGGCCGCGGCGCACGGGGCGAGGUGGGAAGGCUGGAGAAGUUGGAUCCCUGGGCGCCGGAGGUGGGCGAUGCAGGCCAGCGGGAAGAGGAGAAGAAGACGGUCUCGGUCUCUGGGAAGUCGGUGGCCAGCAAGCUCCUGUCUCUCAUCAGCCUGCGGAAAGGGGCCGGGCCGCCCACACACCUUGGCGUGGCUUCCUGGCGCGUUCUGGCGCACGAGAAGGCAGCAGAUCGACUGCCGCCGAACCACUACGACUUGGACAUUUACACCUGUCCUCCAUCGCUGCUCCCGCUACAAAGCCCUCCACCGCGCCCGACACAGCGCUUUGCGAUGCCCGGCGUGGAGGGUGGCUUCGUGCUGACGGACGUGCUGAGCCCUCAAGAGUGUGAUGAGCUCAGACGCGCCACCGAAGAGAUUGGAUAUCGUCCAGAUGUGCCGAUCUCAUCUCAGUUGGACGAGCGAGCGCACAAUGUGGUCCUCAUGGCCAAUGAUGUGCAGAACAAAUCCCUGUUUGAGCGUGUGAUGCCGUUGCUGCCGACCGAGAUCCAUGGGGAGAAGCUCUUGGGCAUCAACCGCCGCUGGCGUUUCUACCGCUAUUUGUCCGGGAACCUGUACCGGAAACAUUUGGAUGGUGCUUGGCCUGCGAGUGGUAUCAGCUUCGAGGGUGGCCAGGAGAGCUAUGUCUACGAUGCACACGGAGGUGGCACAAGGUCCAAGUUGACCUUCAUUAUUUACUUGAACGACGACUUCGAAGGCGGUUGCACCACCUUCUUCACUCCUAAGCCGGACGAGGAAGGCACGUUGGACUCCAGGCCCAUUCGCCCGCGUAUUGGCUCCGCCAGCGUCUUCCCCCAUGGCGAUUGUCGGACGCCUCUCUUACAUGAGGGCUCGGCGGUGACCAAGGGGACGAAGUACCUGCUCCGCACCGAUGUGGUUUAUGCUCGUCCCGAUCCUUGGCAGAGGGACCAACAGAGGUUGAAGGAGACGCCUGAGGAGCUCAAACACCAGCAGCGUCUCAAGGGACUGGCGCGGCAGUUGGGCGGCCUCGGUGGCAAGAACCUCCUGGACGACGACCGGGUGGCGCCCGCGGCCGCGGGUGGUGCCACGAAGGCGGCCACGAAGGGUGGCAAGAAACGUGUGAAGAAGUCCAACCUGAAGGGAAAAUCCAAAGAGGAAGCGCCACAGGAUCCGAAGAUGGCCAAGGGCCUGAAGGGCCCUAAGGGCUCCAAGGGCCUGCAGAAAGCUGGGAAGGAUCGAAACUAUGGCAAGAAAGGCAAGAAGAGGGGUGCCAUGGCACGACGCCGCUGAGUGAGAUGUGCUGUGCCUGCCACGUCCCCGCCACCGCGCCACAGUGCCG